AUUUAAAUAGCAUUCAAUACUCGUGUAUACAUAUGGCCACACAUUCGGGUCGUUGUUUCUUCUUGACGUACAUCGAGGGUAACGGCGAGAGUCAGGCCCUCGGCUUCAGACUGGAGAGCGCUCUGACAGCAAACGCCAUAUACCGUGCGGUCACCGAAAAGCAUGCAUUUUAUAGCUGCGAAACUGUUAGGAAUACCGUUGCGACACAAUUCAUAAGAGACUUGAAGGGAACUAUCAUCUCAUUGUUCAACGAAAACACCACUUUAGGCAAGAAUUAUGUGUUCGACAUCAGGAGGACGUGUCGGGAAGUCUACGAUCACACCCGACGCGAACUCUACCAAUUGGAAGCCAUCGCCAAAUCUGAAGACACAUCUCAGUCAGAAAGCCUUAAAUCAUUGGACGAUCUUUGCCUCGAAUUUGAACCCAUCGCCAGUCAUCCGAGUCUAUGCAAGAAAUCCGAUUGUCAAGAUAUGAAGGAUCGUUUGGAGGCCUUACAAGACUCGAUGUUAUGUCGGGUGUGUUUUGACAGCGAAGUGUGCACUGCCUUCAAUUGCGGACAUGUGGUCUGUUGUGAGACAUGUGCCCCUCUUUGCGAUCGCUGUCCUCUUUGUCGAAGACUUGUUAGUAAUGUUCAGAAAAUCUAUUUGCCUCUGAGUCGGACGGGUUUACAACAAAACACCUAAUUGUGAGACCGAGUGUUGAUUUUGAAUACGAGUUGACAUAUAUUUUUAUAUAUAUAACUGUUAUAUAAUAUAAAACGAAUUUUUGAUCUCAUUUUCAUUUUUCUAACACUUUCUUAUCAUUUGUUUCAUUAAAACCGAUC